CUGGUGCAACAUCCAUCCUGCCAUCCUGCCAUCAAUACUCUUUUCAUAGCCCCCCUGACCGCCAUGAGCCCGGAGUCUUCCUCGUCUGGGUCUUAUCGGCCCACUCCGCCCACACUCAGUCGCGCCAAUAGCUAUGGCUCUGCCUACUCUUCCGCAGAGGUUCUUGAUGGGCCAGACCUACUACUAUCUGCCCCAUCAGGGAUGCCACUAGCGGAUCUUCUCGAGACCUAUGUCAAUCCGCGCCUGGAUUGGGCAGAGCGCAGAGUGCGACCGUACGUGAACGAUGUGAAGGUGCGGGCCAGGCUGAGAAGAGAGGACUUGGUCAAGCGAGCAAGGAGCAAACAAGAGAUCAAGAGCAUGGAGAAAGAGCUGAAGCGGCUGCGCAGCAAAGUGUCUGAACGAGUCGAUCGACUCCAGACGCGAUGGACGGAUGCAAAGACCGUCCGGCUACGAGACAAGGUCUCCUUCCUCAUCGGGGUCAUGAAUCUCGUUGCUAGCUCCCUCAUCUUCGCCUUCCGACCGGAGUGGGUACCCUUCGUAUACACUCUACAGUGUUCACUAUUCCUGCCGCUGCGCAUCUAUAGCUAUACACGGCUCAAGUGGCACUACUUUCUGUUCGACUUCUGCUACGCAGCGAACGUGGCCGUCCUCACCUAUCUAUGGAUUGUACCCGACUCGCCCUUCCUCUUCACCGUCGUCUACUGCGCAGCUCAUGGGCCACUGGCAUGGAGCGUAGUGACCUGGCGGAAUAGUCUCGUCUUUCACUCCAUCGAGAAGGUCACCUCGACCUUCAUCCAUCUCUACCCGCCCUUCGUGUUCACCACGAUCCGCCAUUUCAUGCCACGCGACUACGCCGAAGCUCGCUAUCCGGCCAUGAAGAAUCUCACAAAACUCAACGGAUGGACUGCCUUUCUCUUCAAUCUUGUCUUCUACGCUGUCUGGCAGUGGGUCUACUACAUCUUCAUCGGAAUUGGAAAAGGAAAGAAAAUUGCAUCGGGGGAGAGGAUCAACUCCUACUCGACACUCAGCAAAGGCAAAGGCGCUGUGGCCAACCUCCUUGGAAAAGUGCCUGCUCCGCUGCGAGAACCCGCCUUCAUGGCGCUGCAGCUCACGUAUAGCAUCGUAUGCACUUUGCCAGCACCCCUGCUGUUCUAUCGCUCUGCCAGAGCCUCAGCGGUCUUUCUCAUCUUCAUAUUGACUAUGAGCGUCUGGAACGGGGCGUCGUACUACGUCGAAGUGUGGGGCCGUCGGUUCGAAAAGGAGCUACAGGCGCUUCAACGCGAGCUGGACGCGGCGCGCGAAGUCAGUUCGGCUCUGGACGCCCAGCACGGCUCAGGCGUGGCCUCAGGUGUUACUACGAAUGGUGCCUCCACACCUGCUGUCCCUCUGACGGCUGCUAGCGCUCCUGUCAGCCGGCGAGGCAGUGAAGAGGCGGAGCGGGAAGAGGUACCGGAGGGCCAGGACUUGACUGCAGAGCUCAAGAAGGAUGUGUGAAGGCAAGCAAGCUCGGCAAAGGACUAUGGCCUUCUCCACUUGGCUUGGCCCUCCCUUGUGGUGUUGUUGAACCUAACUUGCAAUGUAUACCCAUGUUCCCACGCU